AUGUUGAUCGAUGUUUUGUUUAGUUUGUGGUUAUUGGUUGUAUAUGAACAAAGAGAGAUAGGAGAGAGAGAGACGAUGGAAGAUCAUAUGAUACAGAAUAACAAUAAUAAUGGAGAUAGUGGUGGUGGUGGUGUUGGUGCAUCCGUAAAUGAUGGUAUUGGUACGACAACAUCAACAACAAGUCCAAAGAUAAAUAACAACAACAACAACAACAACAAUAGUGGUAAUGAUCAGGUAUUUGGAGAUUCAACAACUACUGCUACCGCUACAAGUAAAGACGAUCCCACUAACAUUAGAUUUGGAAGUAGUCAGAAGACAUUCACUAGUUUGUUCGGUCAGAUUCCAAUGCCACAUAAUAUUGCGAUUCAACAAAUCCCAUCGCAAGUGGCAUCUCUACCGCUUGCAGAUUCAAAUCGAUAUAAUAAGAAUGGCAAUAACAACGAAGACGAUCAUAGUAAUAACAAUGGGGACGAUCAUCACAAGCAUCAUCAUAGAAGCAGUAGAUUCACACCGUACCGUGCGACUCCACAUUUAGAUUAUCAAGACCGUUUGGAGUUGGUCGAGCAGAUCGUUUCGAUGUUUCCACUGCUCGAAAAGGAUGGCAAAGUAUACUCGAUUCUCGAGCGUAACUCGUGGAGCGUCGAGAAGAGCAUUCCCGAGUUGCAGAAACGACAUGACCAGCAAGAGUUGAUUGCUAAACAAGCGAAAGCAUUGGUGCCAAACAAUUUGGAUGGCAGUGGUGGAAACAACAACAAUGGCGGUGGCGGCGACACUAUGAACGACUCCCAGGAGAUGUCAGAGGGCAGAUCCAUUUCAUUGUCAGACUCGAUGAGCUACGAGGACGAAGACGAAGAGCUGCUCGGCGAGGAAGAAGAAGAGCCGGUCGACGACAACCAGCUGUUCCCCAAGCUCAAAGAGGACAUACAGACACUGAAGGACAUCUUUGGCAACACCUAUCAAGAGUUUGAACUGAAAGGUUACUAUAUGAUGUGCAACGGCAAUUUAGAGCUGGUCAUAGAUCAGUUGGUCAACGAACAGAACCAAAUCAAUAAACUAAAAGAAGAGAAACCAUCGGUACAACUACCACCAAGACAACCACUUACAAGCCGACUUUCCGAAGCUGAGAAGCGUGCUCUACAAUUACAGCUCAUCGAAGAACAAGAGAAACUAGAAAAGAAUUUUGAAACCAAAAAGAAAGAGAAAGAAUCAUCUCAUCCAAAUAAGAAAACUUAUUCACAACAAGAUAUAUUAAAAGAAUUAAAAGAAUUAUUUGGAAAGACAGUAGAAGAAGGUGUUAUAGAUUGGGUAGCUUAUUCAUGCGAUUAUAAUUUAGGAAAUUGUGUUACUCAGUUGAUCGAUCUAAAGAACAAUGCGUUGAUGAAGAAAGGUCAAGCCGCCGCUGCUGCCGCAGGUUUCAAACCACAGUUGGACCCAGCAGUACAGAUGAAGCUUCAGAGUGGUGUUGCUGAGCUUCUUGGUGGAAUGGCACCGAAAGCAGAGGCACAGAUGACAGACGACACAACCACUCCAACUAUAUUAACAUCACAGGUUUCAUUUGAAUCGUUCCUCACCGACGUCCAAAGCAAGCUUACAGUUCCACAUAGCGAAACAAGCACAACCACAACCAACAACAACAACAACAACAACAAUACAAAGACAUCACCUACUAGUUUAUGGGAAACAUCACAAACCAAUAUUAAAUUAGAAAAAACAGAUGAUAAGUGA